UCUUUAUACCGCAUUCAUCGAAAAAAAAGAGCCAUGGAAUCUCGGUUGUUGGAAAGUGUGGAUACUGUAGCAUAAGGUCCAGCACAUUCAUAUCCAAGGUAUAUGCAUCCUUGUGAAAGCUGACAAUCCUGCGCUUGUAAAUUCUUUUCGGUGUCUUACUUUUACUUGGAGAGUUUCAACAACUUUGAAAAGUCGCGAACCAGCAAAACCGAGAACACACACUUGUUUCGUCAAUCUCCAUGGCAUCGUAAUGGUUGUCAGAGAUAUAAAUAGAAAUUCAUGCGUUGCAAGGGAUUCAAAAAAUGGCACGAAUAAAACCAGCGUUAUCUGAUAUUUCGUUUUACUCUCGUAAUCAGUCAACAUGGUGCCCGCUGUCUACGUGUUCCCAACUACCGAUGCUCUCUCACAAGGCUUGAACGAAUAUGUUGAAAAGUUGUCUCGCGACGCCAUUCAGAAUCACGGAGUUGUCUCCGUGGCCAUUUCCGGCGGUUCGUUGCCAAAGCUGCUGUCAAAAUACGUGUCGCAGAACUCCAACAUUGAUUUUUCCAAGUGGCACCUUUUCUGGGCCGACGAGCGCUGUGUAGACUAUGAAAGCGACGACUCCAACUACAAAGAAGUCAAGAAGACACUGUUGGAUCAUGUCAACAUUCCCGAAGCCAACAUUCACGCCAUUCACGAACCUUAUGCACGCGGCAAGGAUGCUCAAAAGGCGGCGGCCGAUUAUGAAAGCAAAUUGAAGGCUUUCUUUAAUGGUAAAGAACCCGAGUUUGAUCUCAUUUUACUCGGUAUGGGUCCCGAUGGUCACUGUUGCUCGCUGUUUCCCGGCCACCCCCUUUUGGAUGACAACCAACGCUGGGUCGCUUCGCUUACCGACUCACCUAAGCCUCCGCCCGAGCGAAUUACUUUGACUUACCCUGUGCUUAAUCGUGCCAAAUCGAUUGUAUUUGUUACGGCUGGUGAAGGCAAGCAAGAGAUGGUACAAAAGAUCAUUGAACAACCUCAAUUGCAACUGCCUUGUCAGCGCGUUCAACCUGCUUCCGGCAAAGUCUGCUGGUUUAUCGAUAACGCCGCUGCUGGAAAAUUGAAGAAUGACUCGUAUACUGGCUUCAAACUUUAAAUAAACUAAAAAGAAGUACCCUUUGAACAGUAUGUUUAGAAGCGUGUGCAACGUUGCGAUUGCAUCGUUGCCGGCAUGAAAAAUAAUAAUAAUGAAAAGAAAAUGUCAUGGUUGUGUGUUUGACACGUAAGCAAAUCUAAUAGUUUCAACCCGCCUGUGGUCCUAUGUUUUACUUGAUGAGACAAUGCCGAGUAAAUCCAAG